AUGCUCACAACUUCUCUACCCAUCCUUCUUAUAAUUAUUGCUUUAUGCAAUAAAAUUGUUACUGCCACCGAAGAAGGUCAUCUCACAAGGAUAACGCUGCGUAAACAGGAUUCGAUUCGUACAAAACUUAUACAAACUGAUUCAUGGGAAGCAUACAGCGAAUUGGUCAAUUUUCAAAUUCAACGGAAAAAGAUUCAGUAUAAAAUCGGACUUGAUACCGAUUCUGCUUUCGAGCUAAAUACAAUGGGUGAAACUGAUGAAGUGCUUAAAAAUUAUAUGGAUGCUCAGUAUUAUGGUGAAAUUUCAAUCGGUACACCACCUCAGAAUUUUAGCGUUGUUUUCGAUACCGGUUCAUCGAAUCUUUGGGUACCUUCCGUAAAAUGUCCCUAUUUCGAUGUUGCAUGUUUGUUGCACAACAAAUACAAAGGAACAGAAUCGUCAACAUAUAAACCGGACGGUAGAAAAAUACAAAUUCAAUACGGAAGAGGUUCAAUGAAAGGGUUCAUUUCAACAGAUACCGUCUGUAUUGCCAAUAUUUGUGUUACGGAGCAACCUUUUGCUGAAGCAACUUCAGAACCGGGUGUAACAUUUGUUGUAGCUAAAUUUGACGGUAUUUUGGGUAUGGCAUUUCCGGAAAUUUCGGUUCUUGGUUUAAGUCCGGUAUUCAAUACAAUGAUUAGCCAGAAAGUUGUCCGAGAGCCAGUAUUUGCUUUUUGGCUUGCUAGAAAUCCGAAUGAAGAAAUUGGUGGUGAAAUUACAUUCGGUGGUAUUGAUGAAAAUAGAUUUGUAUCACCAAUCACAUACACACCAGUAUCAAGUCAUGGAUACUGGCAAUUUCAAAUGGAUAAGAUACAGGGUGAAGGCAAAACAGUUGGAUGUGCUAAAGGAUGUCAGGCUAUAGCAGAUACAGGGACAAGUUUAAUUGCUGGUCCAAAAAGUCAAAUUGAUGCUAUUCAAAAAUACAUUGGUGCAGAAUAUGUCUAUGCUGGUGAAUAUAUCAUACCAUGUUAUAAAGUACCAUCUCUACCCGAAAUUACAUUUGUUAUUGCUGGCAAAAGUUAUACUCUAAAAGGAACAGAUUAUGUUUUGAAUGUGACAUCAAAGGGUAAAUCGAUUUGCCUUUCCGGUUUCAUGGGUAUUGAUUUGCCGGAACGAGUGGGAGAAUUAUGGAUUCUUGGUGAUGUAUUCAUUGGGCGUUAUUACACCGUAUUCGAUGUAGGAAAAUCUCAGAUAGGCUUUGCACAAGCUCGUGAUAGUAAAGGCAAACCAAUUGGAAAACGAGUGCAAACAUUUGUAUCACAGGAAUACGAACAACAAAAAUUCGAUGAGAGAGAAGGAAAGAAAUUGGAUGAAAUGAUAAAUUAA